AUGGCGUUUGCUAUCGAAGUGCCUGGAGAGGCCGCCCCUCUCUCCCCACAGCAGAUUUACUUGGCUCUGCAGUCUGCGGGCUCUUCGCAGCAACUUAGCAUUCAGACCGGUACACAGCAACUCCAGGCCUGGGAGACGCAGCCGGGCUACUAUCCUCUGCUCCAGGUUGUCUACCUCGACAAAUCGUUACCUACCGAGAUUCGGUACCUCGCGAUCAUCCAGCUGAAGAACGGCAUCGACAAGUACUGGCGGAAGACAGCGACGAACGCAAUUUCUGCAGACGAAAAGGAUCUGAUCCGCUCGAAUCUAAUCGCGGGAGGAAUCGGAGAGACCGAGAACAACUUAGCUCUUCAAAAUGCCCUGGUCGUGGCUAAGGUCGUUCGGAUCGACUACCCUAAUGACUGGCCCGAUGUCCCCACGAGCCUAAUCAAGAUUCUACGAGAUGCUAGCCAGACGAAUCAGCUGACUCUACGGAGAGGGCUGUUGAUAUUGCUGCAGGUGGUGAAGGAGCUGUCCACGGCGCGACUACGAAUUGCACAAACUCGGUUACAAUCAGUGACACCGGAGAUGGUCUUCUUGGUGAGCGAAAUUUAUAAACAAAAGGUUGACCUGUGGGUGGCAUCUCUGAAUGGUAGUGGAGAGGAUGAAGGCGGGGCUAUGGAUGCUAUGGAGAGCAGCUUGUACGCGAUCAAGAUCCUCCGGCGGCUGCUGAUUGCUGGAUAUGAAUACCCCAACCACUCGACCGAGGUGCAGCAACUAUGGGAGCAUUCUCAGAUGCAAUUUGGUCAAUUUCUCGACAUGAUCUCCCGGGAGCCACCACUUCUAGUAUCUCCUGCCAAGGAACUUGUGGAGAAGCAUUUGGUACAGUUCUCAAAGCUCCAUACACAAAUGUCUUUUCAACACCCGGCUGCGUUCGCCUUAUUACCGAACUCAAUUGAGUUGGUACGAUCUUACUGGGGUUUGGUAGCUAAAUUCGGAGAAUCUUACGGGUCAGAAACACAGGAUUUCAGCGCCAAAGCUUUGAGGAAAGACGAGCAAACAAAGGACCAGAGGCCGGUCAUCGAGAAGCUCUGUCUGAAAGGCCUUAAUAUCCUACGGGCAUGUUGCAAGAUGGUCUUCAGUCCUUCCUGGUCGUUUAAAUACCGGACCAACGAAAUCAAGCAAGAACAAAAUGAAGGCAUUGCGUUGAUAAAGUCUCGACUAUUGACCGAUGCACUGGUUACUGAGAUGGCAAGCGUCAUAGUCACGAAAUUCUUCGUCUUUCGUCAAGUCGACCUAGAGGCAUGGGAGGAAGACGAGGACGAGUGGGAGAUCAGAGAAGAAGGUGGUGGUGAUACGUGGGAAUUCGAGGUUCGGCCAUGCGCUGAGAAGCUGUUCAUGGACCUGGUCAUCAAUUACAAGCACCUCUUGGUCGAGCCCCUGCUUUCAUUCUUCCAGUCGGUUGCAGGUACAAGUCAGAGCUCUGUGGUUACAAAGGAUGCUGUCUACACCGCAAUGGGCCUUGCUGCCCCAGUCGUUCACCUAAGCUUCGACUUCGAUUCCUUCUUGACAUCGACUCUGGUCCAUGAUGUGCAACAAGCCGGAGCUGGGUACAAAGUAUUGCGCCGAAGAAUUGCCAUCCUUCUUGGGCAAUGGAUCACAGUCAAAGUAUCCGAGGCGAAUAGGCCACUUGUCUAUCAAAUCUUCCAGCAUCUACUAAAUACCGAUGAUAGGACAAAUGACCAUGUUGUCCGGAUUACAGCCGCGAAGCAAUUCAAGGCAAUCGUUGAUGACUUUAGCUUUGCGGCCGAGAGCUUCCUUCCGUAUGCUCCAGAUAUCUUGGGCAGAACGAUGGCGUUGAUUCAAGAGGUCGAGAACACUGAGACCAAGAUGGCGAUCCUUGACACGAUCAGAAUGAUCGCCGUACGAUUGGAAAGCCACAUUUCUCCAUUCGCAGACCAGAUUGUCUCCAUGCUUCCAGGUCUUUGGGAGGCGUCAGGCCAGGAACAUUUACUCAAGCAGGCUAUUCUGACCCUCAUGUCGACUCUCGUGACUGCUAUGAAGGAGGAGGCUCAAAGAUACCAUGCGAUGAUACUCCCCUUGAUUCAGCGAGCUGUCGAACCGGGCUCGGAGAUGCAGAUUUACCUAAUGGAAGAGGCUCUUGAACUGUGGAUUGUUGUCCUGGCCCAGGCGCCCUCUCCUGUGACUCCUGAGGUUUGGGCAUUGCUUGAUUCAGCAUUUCCACUCCUCGAAAUCGGCUCGGAUAAUCUGCGCAGUGUCCUCAAUAUCAUUGACGCGUAUAUCAUUCUCGCUCCAGAGGCGAUGUUGGGCGAUCAGGCAAGACUGCGGGUUCUAUCCCAUAUGAAAAAUCUCCUGGGCGUCAAAAAAAGAGAGCUAGCUGGCCUUGUCACCACCAUUGUGGAGAACAUGAUUCGAGCCGCCGAGAAAUUCGGAGGCGCUAAUGGAGUUGUCCAAAUCGCCAGAGAUCUCCACGAGUCUGGCUACAACGAGCAGCUCUUCGCAGGUCUCCGUGAUGCAUGGGAAGCACAUGAAACUACUGGACCUGGCCGAAAAUACCCCAAGCUAGACGAUGUCGUUGAGACCGACUACUUUACUAUCCUUGCGCGUCUUGCCAUGGCUGACCCUACUGUUCUUAUCACAAUCAUGAGUUCGGUUGGAAAUGCUAACGAAGUCUGGGAAUGGCUCAGCAAGGAAUGGUUUCGUCACUUCGACAGUAUGGCUAACGCCGACCGUCAAAAGCUUUCUUGCUUGGCACUUACCCGUCUGCUGGAGCUUCAACCCCCCGUGACGCCAAUCAUCCUCAUGCGCUUGCAGGACUACUUCGCUAUGUGGACAUCUGUCAUCUCUGAGAUGAUUGGAGGCCGGGACGACGGUGGAGACAACUUGAUUUGGUUGACAUCUGAAGGCAACGAGUACGAAGGACCAGAAGACGUGCGGAGACGGCUGCACAGUGCCGAGGACCCAGUGCACACCAUCAACACAUUCGCGUUCGUGAAAGAUAGGCUGAGCAGAGUCGUGGCUCUGAGUGGAGGGGAGGAAGCCUUUCAGAGGGAUUGGGUAGUCAACGUCGACAAGGAUGUACUGGCGGGAUUUCAAAAUCUGGAAACCGCAGAUACUAGCCAGGUAUUCUGGAAUGCUUAG